AUGCAGUGCGCCAACCUGCUGAGGCAAUGCCACGCGCUGUCCCUGCCAUUGGCCGACGCGCUGGGCGGCAUGCCGGAGGCCGGGCGGCCCGAGGCCCCGUCGCCGUGGGCGGGCCACCCGGGGCCGGCGAUCGAUGACGCGGACCUCGGCCAGGCGGACGCCGGUCUGUACUGCCUGGCGCGGGUGGACGAGAGCACGGGGGCUCCCUUGCGGCUGGCCACGGACAAGGAGGCCGAGGAGCUGGGGCGGAUCCUGGAGCUGUCCGGCAACGGCCACCUGCUGACGUGCCCGGAGGGGGAGGGGGGGCCGCUGGCAGGCCAGAGGAGUGGAGGGCUGUCCGGGCGGGGCAGCUGGAGGGGGGGUGGCCCCUGCGACCACUGCGGAGCCACCGAAUCGCCGCAGUGGCGACGAGGGCCGCCGAUGAAAUCUGUGCUGUGCAAUGCGUGUGGAACGCGCUAUCGGCGAACGGGGCAGUUAGGCCCGCCAGGCCCAGCGACGUCCAUGCGCAAGACGCGGUCCGUGAUGUCCGACCAGAAACGGUACAACGUGGGCGGCAAAGAGGGGAGUCGUCUGGUGUUCUGCGAAGCGGCGUGA